UGUCGCGCUGCCGUCACAGCGGGUCUUCAAGCAUAUCAUUGUAACAGACUGAAAGAUCUACAACCAUGUCUGAGGCUGAGUUUCAGAAAGCAGCAGAGGAGGUCAAACAUCUGAAAGCGAAACCAGCGGACGCUGAGGUGCUGGAAAUUUACAGUCUGUACAAACAGGCCACCGUAGGAGAUGUUAACACAGCUCGACCGGGCAUGUUAGAUUUCACUGGCAAGGCCAAAUGGGAUGCCUGGGAGGCCAAGAAAGGUAUGAGUCAGGAUGAUGCAUUGAAAGCAUACAUCGCAAAGGUAGAGGAGCUGAAGGGGAAAUACGGAAUCUAAUAGACUGAACCCAUCAUGGCCAGCCUGCCUUUACCUGCACUGUCCUCCCAUAAAAACGCCUUAAGGCCUCCAGUGUGUCCUCUCGCAAGGGUGUUACUGUUACACCGUAGCACACAGACUCUGUUCUGUGUGAGAGAAUAGGCAAAUUCCUCUCAGGCCAAGAGAGCUCAUCCACCAGCAACCAUGUAGUGAAAAGCACAAAUUAAUUCAAAUUUAUACAAUGCCAUAAAAUCAAUUCUUCUAAAACCAUGUUUGCUCUGUGUUUUCGUACAAACACUGACUAAGGAAAACAUGUUGGAUUUCCCUUAAAAACUUUGAUGUUUGCCUUUUUUUUUUUUUUUUUUUUUUUUUUUUUAAGUGAGACCCCAUGAAAGAUUUUGUGAUUUAAAAAAAUAACCUGAUCAAAUAAUUAAAUGGAUUUACUGUA